ACAUUCGUCCGUCCGGUUUUCGUCCUGCCUCCUGCGAUCCCCGGCCUCUUUCACCUCCGCUUCCCCGUGCGACGCAAAAAAGGAAACCGCCAUCCGCAUCCGCUCCCCCGUGAUUCGUUCGUGAGACCCUCUUCUGCAACCCAUCUCCGAUCACGAUCUAUCCCCUCCCAGGAUCCCACUCCAAUCACUCAAGGUCGUCGCCUCGCACGCCGCUACCCAUCCCUGCACCUUGCGGCCGCACACGCCGUUGUUCCCCGUCUCCGGAUCUCGUGUCCCUGCCACAACACCAUCCCCUGCCUUGCCGUGGAUCUCCCCAUCUCCAAAUCCCAUGCCCAGCCUUGCCGCGGACAGCAGAGGACGCACAGCUCGUGGAUCCAGGGACAGCGGCGUUCGUCCCACCGCCCGCACCUUCCGUCGAGCCGCCGAGCGUCGGCGCCCGCGAAUCCGCCUAUCCGACGCCGGCUACGCUCGUAAGAGGGAGGAGGAGCCGCAGCUCGUGGAUCCAGAGGCAGCGGCGAGCGACAGCACGCGUGAAUCCGCCUUCUCCGCUAUGCCUCUCCCACCUUGCGUCCCGUGCUCUAGGAAAGAGGCAGCGGCGUUCGAGUGGAGGAGACAAUGGAGGCAGAGCGGCGUAGGAGAGCUGCGUCUCAAGGUGGAGCAGCGUCCGAGCGGAGGAGGCGGCGGAGGCAGAGCGGCUUCCCAGGUACGGAGCCGAAGCGGCAACAAUGGCAUCAGCGCCUGCGUCACGAACAAGCAGUGGCGGAGCUAGGAUUUUACGUCUGGGUAUUCCAUGUACAAUUUUUUUAAUGCAAAUGUGCAAUAGUAAUAAUCAAAAUGCAAGGUCUGAACAUAGCGGCAUAAUGCCAUUGUCUAUAACAAUUAAAAAAAUUACAAAACAUCGAAAUCUCAAUGCUACUAAAAUUGAACUCUACGAUCUCCUUUUUGAAAUUCAUUAAUGAUAUCAUCAUCUUUCACUUGACUGAAGAAUUCUCUCUCAAUAAAUGUGACCAAGCAAUUGUUCAAAUACUCAUCACCCAUUUUAUUCCUUUGCUUGUUCUUCACAUAAUUCAUCGUGGAAAACACUCUCUCAACACUAGCAGUGGCUACGGGAAGAAUUAGCACCAACUUAAGAAGCUUGUAGACAACAUAAUAUUGCUCAUGUCUUUUUGUGCUAACAAGCAUGACUGAAAGCUCACAUAGAUUCUUCAAAUUUUUAAACCUUUCAUCUCUACGCACAUGAGAAAUGUACACAGUAAGCUGAUAUGGAAGUUUUGACAAUUCAUCAGUUGUGAAAUCCUUAGGAUAAAACUUUGUAGCAAGCCUAACCAACUUCUCUUGAUCAUAAGCAACAAAUAAAUCAAUUGGACUGAAAGCUGCCAUACAAGAAAGUAGUUCUGUGUUUACCUCAUCAAAUCUGUCGUUCAGCUCUCGAAGUUGCCUAUCAAUGAUACUCACAAACAUAUCAGCAUGGUAGCGAUGAUAAUUCAUUGCACCAUUAUAGAACCCUCUUUUAGGUCUCCCAACAGGAUAAUAAGGACCCUCCAUGUCAACAGUUUUGAUCUUGUUCUUUAUACAAAAAGAAGUCACUCUUCUAAGAAAAUCAGUCCAGCCAACAUCUUCCCGCAAGCACUGCAAAUGAAACUUUGUAAUAUCAACAAGCUCCAUAGCAUUGACAAUAUCCUGAUCUUUCUUUUGCAAAGCUCUAUUCAAGUCCUCAGUAUAACCAAAUAUUCAAGUCCUCAGUAUAUACUAGCACCCUUUUUCUUCAUCUACGUUGCAAGAAUCCAAUGCAAAAAAAAACGAAUCUUAAAUGCCAAACUCAGAAGAAUGAAUCUGACACUGCUGUGCUAGUGUAGUAGUGUGCUCACCUUGCCGGCUUGCCCCAAGCAGCAAGUUGGAGGUCGAAGCCGAACCGUGGCCGUCGCGGACUCGCGGUGGCCGUCGCAGCGUCGCCGGCCGGCGGCCGCCAGUCGCUGGAGCCAGGAAGCUAGGGUUGGCCGGUUGGGAGUUGUUGCGAUGCGCCGAUGCGGAAUUGCGGAGAGAUACAAUACGAUGCGAGUUGGGAGCAGCAGCCAGGAAAAGAUGCGAUCCUUUUUUGUUUGGUGGGCCAGUCGAUCAAAUUUGCAACAUGUAGCAAAUAUACCAGUGUAUACAUAUAUAUGUAUUUGUAUUUAUUUGUAAAAUCUUGGGUAUUCCAUGGCAUACAGGGGAAUACCCCUGGCGCCGCCCCUGCGAACAAGCGUUGCUCAGGUGCCCUGCCCCGGUGAGCUCCUCCCUCUGUUGCCUCUAUUUUUGACUGAUGAGAAAUUUGCUGAUUUGGGAUUGGUAAGAGACAAAAAUGAGAUUGGGGUUGUGUUUAUGGUUCACAUCGCCCGCGCCAUGGCCCUACUGAAUCCAAGGCCUCGGCCACCUUCUGAUGGAGGUCUGUGAUCAUCUUUUCCUCACUAGCCUGCAUGUCUGGAUCCAUGGCGGAGAGGGAUUGGAGCAGUGACAUUGAUUCGAUCUGAGGUGGUUUUCUCUUAACGAAUAAACGUUGGCUGCUUUAAUUCAUGAACAUGUGUGUUGGUUUAGCCCACCACUAAACCAAUGAGGAGUGUUUUAAGUGAGAAGACGUCAUAUAGGUCCUGGCGGGGGUCAUCACAUCUUGUUAUCUCCAAUAAUAGAAGUGUGUUAGGGAUUUUGUUUCGACAAAAAACUUCAUUUUAUAAGCUAAUUUUGAGGACUAUCAUCAACUGCGACAACAUCAAGGAGUUCAUUGCUCUAUGUGAAGUACUAGAGCUUAUUCCAGAGGAUGAGCUAGAAUUGUCUAGGCAGAAGCAGCCUGAUACUAUGGCAAACAGGAGAGCACAGAAGGUUGCCAGGUUCAAACGUCAAAAGGCUGCAGAAACGAAGCUCCAAGAGAUCAGAGAGAGAAAAGAAAGGCGUGGACGCUCAUUGAGAGCAGCUGCUUUAUCUGCCCCAAUUGAAGCUGGAGAGGAAGAUGACCUGGAGGAUGAUGGAGAGGAAGAAAGAGAGGCUUGGUUAGCUACCAUCUCAUUGGCUCUCUGCAAGGCGUUUGAUCUUCUCGACAUGCUAAAGAAGGAAGAAGAAAUGCUUCUAGCUGUAAAGGAAAGGAAGGCAAAGGUUUGGUAUGACCACCUAGCAGUGGUACUACCUCUCAGAGAUGCAACUCUAGAAACCAGUUCAGGAGUCAAUAUCCUUUUUGUGUUGACCAGUUCAGCAAGGACUUAUACAUAUUUGCAUGGAAAACUAUUUCAAUGGUUACUGAUUAAGCAAUAUACUGGUUGAGAGUGGUAGAUAUGAAAUUUAGGAUGUAAACUUCAAAGGAAACAAUGUUGAUUCCGGCGCAUGAAUGAAAUGGAUAUUGGAGAUUUCUUUCUGCCGUUAUUAAAUAUUAUCUUAGCCGUAUUAUAGAAAUGUCUAUAAAGUAGAGUUUGUGAGUUUGUGAUGCCACAUUUUCCGUGACUGUGUUGAUUUCAUAAACUUUAUAUUUUGAGAUAAUGUUGUUUUAAUAUUGGUAUUUAAUUUUUACAGUACUGUUA